AUGAAGAAGCCAGACGUGAAAAUCGUGCUCCUGGGGGAUGUGAACGUAGGGAAGACGUCGCUGCUUCACAGGUACAUGGAGCGGCGCUUCCAGGACACGGUCAGCACGGUUGGGGGCGCCUUCUAUCUGAAGCAGUGGCGCUCCUACAACAUCUCUAUCUGGGACACUGCAGGGAGGGAGCAAUUCCACGGACUGGGGUCCAUGUACUGCCGAGGAGCAGCUGCUGUCAUCCUCACCUAUGAUGUCAACCACCUGCAGAGCCUGGUGGAGCUGGAAGAUAGGUUCCUGGGCCUGACGGACACAGCCAGCACCAACUGUCUCUUUGCCAUUGUGGGAAACAAAGUGGACCUCACUGAGGAGGGGGCUGCCGAGGACCAAGAGAAAGAAGAGGGCUGCUCCAGGGAGGCUGGAAGCAGUUGUGCCUCUGCCAAGGUGUCCAAGCAGGUUAAGCUGGAGGAUGCAGUGGCACUUUAUAAAAAGAUUCUGAAGUACAAAAUGCUGGAGGAGAAAGACAUGCCAGCUGCCGAGAAAAUGUGCUUUGAGACAAGUGCCAAAACUGGGUACAACGUGGACCACCUGUUUGAAACCUUGUUUGAUAUGGUUGUGCCAAUGAUUUUACAAAAGAGAGCCGAGGGACCGCCACAAACUGUGGAUAUAAGUAAUUACAAGCAGCCCAAACAGACAAAGUCUGGGUGCUGUGCCUGA